AUGGGCCCCCGCCUGGAAGAGCUGGAGAUACCAAGCUCCCCGGUGAUGCACGCAUCUGCUUGCUGGGGACGAGAAGUCCGUCAUCAAUCUCACGACAGCUCAAGAGCCAUAGCAGGCACUUCCUCAGCCGUCAAGAUCAAGCGAGAGGACGUGGGGCAGUUCAUUCCUUUCUAUCCGGACCCCAACGACCUGGGCAUCAUCACGGACGGAAAAAACAUUAUAUGCACUGACGUCUUCUGCUUCACGGAUCGUCUUGAGACCUUGGAGGAUGAAUCCACUAGGGAGGAUAACGAAUGUCAGUUGCUCGGCCUCAUGAACACCUUGCUCGGAGGUGCCGCUCUCCUUUGGUGGAACAAUGAGCUUAAUUCCGACUCACGUAUGGUCCUUCGACAAGCCGGCCUAGAGACUACCAUGACUGCCAUGAGAGACCGUUUCGCCCCCGAUGCCACCGAGGCUACAGAGAAAUUCGGAGCAGGCCCUCUCACGUUGAAGCACAUCGCCAAAGACGAAGUGGCCCUGACCCGGUUCAUUCAGAGAAAGCUUCGCUACGCCAGAGCCAUGGGGACUCUUCUCCUCUCUAACAAAAACUGGCACGGCGUCAUGACCCAGAUCUGGACCUCAACCAACCUUGGCAUCAAGCACUCGCGAGAAUACAAGUCUAAGCACCGCCGUCGCGAAGAUCGCUACCGCAGCGAUGAUCGCUAUCGCAGCGAUAGUCGUUAUAGUCAUAACGAUAGAGACAAAAGCAAGGACAAAGACUACAAGAUGGAGGACGUUCGGGAGAAGGACCGUCAUCGUGAUGAGGAUCGUGACAGGGAUCGGGAUCGCAAGCGCGAGCACCGGCACCGCGACGACGACUACCGAAAGGAGCAGCAUAGGGACAGAGCUCACUAUUUCGAUGGCGAGUUCGGAGAGGAGAGCUCGUACGAUUUGGACUCGGAAUCAUUAGACCGUUCAACUAAUGAGGAAGAGGAAGCUGAGCAAGCCUUUCUAAUUCUCCACCGGCACCUAACUUGUUACAAGUGUCACAAGAACUUCAUCACGGUUGGCAAGAAGCGUUCCCACGUACAGAACUGCACUCCCUUCAAAGCCGUGCAGAUGGAGGGCAUCGUCACUCCCUCGCCGGCGUCUCCUACACGUCGAACCUGUGGCUACUGCCACAAGCUUUUCGGAUCCCGCAACAAGCUGUUUGUCCACCUGAAGUCCUGUGAGCACGCCAAGUCCAGUGAGGCUGAGGACAUCGAGUUUUGUUUUGAUCUAGGCGCCAGUAGAACGAUCAUCCACCGUGCCUUUCUGAACACUCUCGAGCACUCUAUUGAGAAGCGUAACAAAGGAAGACUCAACGGUGUGGGAAAAGGCCCUAAGCUGUCAGAAUGGGCCACCUUCAAGAUCUUCCUGCCUGGUACAGACCUGAACGGCAAGCUGGUCCUCAUGAAGUUCACGAAGUCAGCCUGGGUAGUAGACGUCGAUAUCCCCAAUCUCCUAAUGGCUAACGAUUUCCUACACCCUCACGAGGCCACUAUUGACUAUCAUGCGGAGCAAGUCAUCUUCGCCAAACUUGACUUUAGGGUCCCGUUCGAAUGUGUCAAUAGAUCUUACGCCUGUGUUCGCAAGGUUACCACAACCCGUAAAGUUGUCCUGUUACCCGGACAGCAAGCCUAG